AUGAACCCUCGGGGCGAUGCAUUGACAGCCGAGGGAUUCACACGCAACCGCCUGAGUGCAUGGCCUCAUCGCCACUUCACCUUCCCUCCGACCCGUGUGAGUAGCUCCUGCGUCUCGAAGGGAUUCCCAUUAGCACGGAAGGUGGUGGCAAAGGGAAUAGGAGUGGGGGACCAGGAGCCGACGGAAGACGAAUUGGCCAUUCUUCGUUGGAAUCAAAAGGUCCGAUUCGAUAAUUCCACGCCCGAUCAAAUUACAGUCAUCGUUGGAAAAACAGCCCAACUUCCUUGCAAGGUCGACAACCUGGGCGAAAAGACGUUGUCUUGGUACAAGGAGGAGAAUUACAAGAUUCUGACGGCGGGUCUCUACGUGUUCACGAAUAAUGAUCGUUUCACUGUCCUUCACCCCGAUGGAUCUGAUUCCUGGAUCCUUCAGAUCAAGGACGUUCAACUCAAGGACAACGGUACCUACAAAUGCCAGGUGUCUCUGGAACAGGGAAAGAUGUCGAAAGAUGUGACCCUAAGAGUGUUGGUACCCGAGGCAAGGAUCGAAGGUGCUCGAGAAUACCACCUGGAUAAGGGGAGCACGCUAUCAAUCUCCUGCAUCAUUGAUAAGAGUUCCGCAUCGCUGGAGGAAGCGGAAUGGAGACACAAUGGGAAAAGGUUAGAGGAGGAGCCUGGAAGAGUUCGAAUAUCUCUGUCUGAAAGGGAGGAUUCCAAAUCCGAGGCUCGUUUAGUCAUUACAGAUGCCCAAUACAGGGACUCUGGGAACUACACCUGUGUUUCGGAUUCCGCCAAUUCCCAUCCUGUCGUCGUCUUCGUCUCUGGGUUUCCUGCUUACGAGAAUGAAGCAGAUGAUGAUACAAAGAGACAAGACGGCAGCCAUUCAGAGGAGAAACUCCUCUUCAGCCACCGUGAUUCUCCGCAGUUGGACCUGGACCUGGACCUGGACCCGAGUCUUGGCCUGGACUGCCGUCCUCAUUUUUUUCAUGAGGUGAUGUGCGGAAUGGACGACAUGCCGAUAAAGGAACCCCUUCCGUGAAGGCUGGAAAGAGGGCUUCGUGAAAUCGGGGACGGCGCUGCGCUUGCUGUGAAAUCUGUGAUCUGUGUGUAAACAAAAAAUCCAAAACAACUAUUUAGAAAAAAAAAGAUAUAAAAGCCCAUUUCGUCACUUAUGCUCGAAUGAGAAGUGGAAAAUUUGGACUUAAGCCGCAUCGACAUGGAGCCUCUAGUGUCGCCAUUGAACAUCAAAGCGGGUGGAAUACUUGUUGGUUUCAUGGUAUGUGCAAUGGUGAUGGUGAUAUGAGAAAAGCAAAGAGGCGAUCUCGUCAUAAACGUGUCUUCUCCCGGUGAUUCGGUGUCUUUUUUUCGAUGAAGGACAACAUGUGG